AUUAUCAGAUGUCUUUCAGGCAACAAGUGAAUGACUCUCGAAUGAUAUUAGAUGUAUUACAUCAUUUAAAGUCUACUAACAGGGAGCUAAAACAAGCUGCUGCAGAUUUAAUAUUUAUAUGUGCAGACGACCAAGAUACUUUUAAAUGCUUCUAUAAAACAGAAUUUAUGACCGAACUUUUUCAACUCAUUUCAAACGUAGAAUUUCACGAGAAUGAAGCUUUUAUGACAUCUAUAACUGGAAUCAUUUGGAAGUGUUCAAAAGCACCAAUCUGCAUACGUCAAUUUGAAGUUCUAGGUGUAAUACCAGUAUUCAAUCAAAUAUUGUUAAAUCAGCCAGUACAGGUUAAAUCUCAUAUUGUUGGAGCAAUAGGAAUGUGUUUGGCGAACUUCACGCUGAGAGAAAUGGUUAAAAGAAUAGGAGUUGUAGAAAUUAUGGUGAAUUUACUUGAAACAACCUAUAUUCCUCUAAUAAUUAACCUAAACGAUGCACUAGCUAAAGGCUCGGAAGAUAUAGAAAUCUUAACUCAAUAUUUACAAUUAGACGCAAUUCAGUUGAUUUGGUCUUGUUUGAAGAAUGUUGAUUUUCAGGUGCAAUCAUGUGCUGCAUCAGCUUUAUGUACAAUUUUGAAAAACAUGCAACGUGCCAAUUUAGAGAUGAAAAAUUCUCUUGAUGGAAUUGAAUGCAUUAUCGAUCUCCUGAAAUCCAAACGCAAAGAACUGUUAACUCCGGCAUGUACUCUGAUUCACAACCUUGCAAAGGAUAAAAAUGCUUUAUCUGUUUUAGUGGAAUUCAAUGUUGCAUUUCAUCUCAUGAGAUUAAUGAAAAUCAAAGACAAGAAACUUCUUCAACAACUGUGCUUAGCUGUAGCAUCCUGUUGUUCCUUUAAAAAAGGGUGUGAAAAGUUUGCUAAAUGUGGUAUAACGACUCCUCUUUUAAAACAUCUCAGAGCUAAGAACAAACUUCUACGAAUAACAGCUGCCUUGGCUUUGUCGAGAAUUGCUACAUUACCAAAUUGGUGUUCUAUUUCAUCGAAAAAUAAAAUUCUUCCGAUUCUUACUGACAUGAUAUUAGACAUGAGAUAUGAAGAUGGAAAUAAAUCAGCCGCUGUAAUACUUCGGCACAUUUUGUGUAACAUUGAAAAUGUAAAACAGAUACAUCCUGAAAAAAAUUAAAGAAUUUCAAAUAAAUGAAAGUACUGUGAUUUUUAACAAAAUGAACGAAACUGUUGUGAAGAAUUUCAAAUAAAAGAAAGUACUGUGAUUUUUAACAACAUGAACGAAACUAUUGUGAAGAAUUUCAAAUAAAAGAAAGUACUGUGGUUUUUAACAACAUGAACGAAACUAUUGUGAAGAAUUUCAAAUAAAAGAAAGUGUUGUGAUUUUUAACAACAUGAAUGACACUAUUGUGAAGUUUUAAGUUUU